UCCACCCCUUACCAGCACAAACAGCAGUGUGAUAUUUACAUUUCAAACGACAUUUACUCCAUCUUCACCCUGCUAAUUCACAAUAUUCAGAUUUUAGGAAAGCAUCUGAGAAAUAAGACGCUGAUCUGUUGGUUUUCAUUCUGGCGAGGACCAAAGCAAGGAAUCGUUCAUCGUUCAUUUCGCUUGUGACAUCUGGAAUCGCAGGAUUAUGAUGUUUUCUUGAAUGUUGUGUGUCGUGGGAGGUUUGGGAUGGGAUCUGUGAUGCCCGUUUGAAGCUGAAGACCCACUUUGAAAACAGCCUUUUUUAUUGUUUUGAUCGAGAUAAUUCCAGCAAACCGAGUAAAAACCAUAAUAUUUAAGAUAUAUCUUCUCGUGAGCGUAGAGUAUCGAUAGAUCAAUUGAAAAUACACUGAAUUUGGACAUCAACUCCAGCCCGCAGUGAUGCUCCAGUGUCUGGACUGACUUUUAAUAUGCGCACUCAGACGGAAAUGGAAACCUGGACAUUUUAAAUCAUUGAUCACUUGGAACCGAAUCAUAAACAUAGACUUGCAACCAUAUCACAGGUCAAGCUGACACCCAGAUGUGAAAGCGAUCGCGUUUUCUGGGCUCCCCUGGUUUAAGGGAUUACUUGUAUUCAUUAUAAGAGCAGAACAGUCUUCGGAGGGUCCAUCAUGCCCACCUCUCGGUCCGGCGCGUGCUCGGUGGAAUACUGGGUCGAUGGCUCGCGCCGAGAUGCGACAGUGGAGGAUUUCUAUAACAUGGGCCCAGAAUUAGGCAGGGGUGCCACAUCUGUUGUGUUUCGCUGUGAAGAGAAGCAAACUGAGAAACCUUAUGCUGUGAAGGUCUUGAAGAAAACCAUUGACAAGAAAAUUGUGAGGACAGAGAUCGGAGUCUUGCUGCGUCUCUCUCAUCCAAAUAUUAUUCGUUUGAAGGAAAUUUUUGAAACCGUGACGGAGAUCUUUCUCGUCCUAGAGCUGGUCACAGGUGGAGAGCUCUUUGACAGGAUUGUGGAGAGGGGCUACUACAGCGAGAGAGAUGCAGCUCACGUUAUCAAACAGAUCCUGGAGGCUGUGGCGUACUUACAUGAGAAUGGAGUUGUUCACAGAGACCUCAAACCAGAAAAUCUUCUCUAUGCUGACUUGUCAAUAGAUGCCCCUCUUAAGAUAGCGGACUUUGGUCUUUCUAAAAUAAUCGAUGAGCAAGUCACGAUGAAGACAGUAUGUGGAACCCCUGGCUAUUGCGCUCCUGAGAUCCUCAGAGGAAACGCUUAUGGUCCUGAGGUUGACAUGUGGUCGGUGGGAGUCAUCCUUUAUAUUUUGCUGUGUGGGUUUGAACCAUUUUUCGAUCCAAGGGGGGAUCAGUACAUGUACAGUCGCAUUCUGAACUGCGAUUACGAGUUUGUCUCCCCCUGGUGGGAUGAAGUGUCUCUCAAUGCAAAGGAUCUGGUUAGUAAGCUCAUUGUGCUGGACCCUAAUAAACGGCUCACAGUGAAACAGGCUCUGGAACACCCAUGGGUGCUUGGAAAAGCAGCACGAUUCUCCCACAUGGACACAACUCAAAGGAAACUACAGGAAUUUAAUGCUCGGCGCAAAUUAAAGGCUGCUAUGAAAGCUGUGGUCGCCACAAGUCGGAUGCACGAGGGCUCACGACGGCGGACGGACAGCUGCGAGAUGCCCAAUGCCGACAAGACCUCACGCCAGAGCAGCAUACAGAAGGACAACACGCUGGAUUCUCAAAGAGAGCCCAUUCCCAUUAAAGAGGGAUCCGAGCAGGUUGAAGACGGGACUCCGAGUCCCUCGAGUCCCCGCUUCCAACCUACCCAUAAAUCUAAACCUUCUGUGCUCUCCGGGCCCAUGCCCACUCGCCCACCCCUGAUAGCAGAGGGACACAGGCAGACCUCCGUCCUUCCGAAGGCUCCAGUGGUUCGGCCCAGGGUGCCCAAGAAGAGCUGCUCAGUGGAUCCCGGGGGCAAACACGAGCCUUUGCCGGCGAGCACCACCCCACCCAGUCCCAAGAACCUCAGUAAUGGUUUCACCAUGAGCAUGGAGGCUGGCGGCAGCACGGCAGAAUGUCAGUAGCCUGGAUGAUAUAUAGAUUUGGAUUCACGCGAAACACAAAGGAGGACAAAAAUGAUGCUUUGACAACACACUGAGAAAUUCCUCUUCUCCUCUUCCAUAUUUACCAUGGGAUAUUUUGAUACUGGACUGACGUAUGAUGAGCUCUUCAUAUGGAGGCAUGUGGCUUUCAUGGCAACUUUAGGUUAGCAGCACAGCGAACAUCGUCGUUUUUCUCUUUGCACAAGCAUCGUGAAUAAGAUUGUCUCUCAUCUGAACUGAAAUUAAUUUUGCUCUUUCUUCUUUUGCUAUCAUAUGCAACCGUUAACACAAUCCUAUUCUCUCUCUAAAGGUAGUGAGGAUCAUGUAUCUGUGAUGUUGUGAUAGUAUAUAUUUGUUUAGGUAUGAUUGCUAAAA